CUUUUAUAGAAAAUCAAGCUUCAAGAGAUCGUGGUGAUCAUAAUAGCAGAUCAAGAGGUCGUAACUGUCGUGGUAGAUCAGGUCGUGAUAAAUCAAGUUGUAGUGGAUUAGAUCAUGGCUAUCAUG